AUGGGAGGGCCGACGCGCCUCGCUGAGUCAACUGUCACCGUCACCCUCACGACAGACAGCGAGGAGGCGGCAGCUAAGCGCCCCGGGCUGGCCCUGCCGGUGGGGGAGCUCCUCCAGCGCUACACCGACAUCCCGUCCUGGGAUAACUGCUGCAUGGCAGCAAGGGUCGGCAACACGAGGGAGGUUGACUACUUUCUCUACUCGCAAGACGGCACGGGCAAAGGUGUCUGCACGGGCAGCAGGUCUGUGCGCAUCGAGAUCACGCCCAACAAGAAGCCGAACUGGCCAGUCGUCUACUACGAAACCGGCAAGGCGCGCACCCUUCGAGCAGAUGAGCCACCCUUUGCAGUAGACGACGUCUCGGCGUCGGUGUCGGAGAGCAGCCGCAGCGGUCAGCAGGUGCUGGAGCGGCAGAUCGACCUCUCGCUGGUGCCGCUGCGCGACCCGCUCGCACCCAACCCUCAGACGGGCAGGGUGGUGGCGCCGCACGGGCUGAUUGGCCAGUCCUUUGACGGCGACGCCAUAGCUGUCGACGGCAAGAAGGAUUGCUACCGCGAGCUGUGGUGGCGGCAGACGUCCUUCAAGUCCAAGGAGAUCACGACGGAGGCGCAGGGGGAGGGCGCCAUCGAGGGCUCCGCCGACGACUACAAGAUUGACGACCCCUUUGGCCAUACCUUCAAGUACUCGCGCUGUAGCGCGUUUGAGGCAGCGCCGCGCAGCGUCUCGGCGCUCUCCGGCGCCAAGCGCGCGGCUGGGAGCAGCGCCGUCUGGCAGGCCAGCAAGGCGGGCAUCCUUGGCGACGACCUGCAUCAGUGGGAAGCUGAGAGCCCCGCGCGCUGA